GGCAGGAGGAGCGGUUUGCAGCCGCAAGGCCUCGCCUCGCAUCGCGCAGCCUGCCAGCGUCGGUCAUGACGCGGCUCCCAAAGCUGGUGGUUUUCGAUCUGGAUUACACGCUCUGGCCGUUCUGGGUGGAUACGCACGUAGACCCCCCGUUCCACAAGGGCAGCGACGGGGCUGUCCGGGAUAGGCGGGGCCAGACAGUCCGACUGUAUCCAGAGGUGCGUGAUGUCCUGGAAAGGUUGCAGGGCCUUGAGGUACCCGUCGCGGCCGCUUCACGAACAGGGGAGAUUGAAGGGGCCAACCAGCUACUGGAGCUCUUUGACCUUGACAGAUACUUUGUUCAUCGGGAAAUCUACCCAGGCAGCAAGGUCACCCACUUUGAGAGGUUGCAGCAGAAGACAGGAGUUGUCUUCUCCCAGAUGAUCUUCUUUGAUGACGAGAAGCGGAAUAUCCUAGACGUCAGCAAACUGGGAGUUACCUGCAUUCAUGUCCAGAAUGGAAUGAAUCUUCAAACCCUAAGUCAGGGACUGGAGACGUUUGCAAAGGCCCAAGCUGGGCCCUGAGGUCCAGUCCUGUGGAUGAGCCUCAUUUGAAGCAUAAAACUGAAAGGAAAUCAUGAAGGCAUUUUCAGGUGUAUUUGUAAAUUAUUAAAGUAUGUUUGUGUGUGACAGAAAUCU